AUGGGGUGUCCCGAAUUCAAGGCCAAGUCGGCCAGUGAACGACUGUCAGUGGUCGAGACCAACAAGCUGUGCUUUAAUUGUCUCGGCAACCACCCGGUGGCAAAGUGUCAGUCCACCAGAAACUGCAUGACGCACACCCAAUUAGUCCAGGAUUUCGAGGAGGCUCACCUCCAAGUAAUACAAGACGCUACGGAUGAAGAAUUUGCCGUCGAAGACGAGAUACGGGACGACUUUGACAAAAUGCGUUUUGCCGUGAUAGGGCGGUACGAGAGCUUCAGGCCCGCGCGGGGGACCGAUGCGGCCGCACAGGGUGCACCGCCCGCGCCCCGCUCCGAGAUUAGACUACCGAAGAUCGCCCUCCCACAAUUUACGGGUGAUUUUGACCAAUGGCCGUCAUUUAUCGCGUUGUACAAUACGGCGAUUCGCGAAAAUCGUGGCGGGUCCGAUAUCGAGAAAUAUCAGUACUUGUUGGCAUCAUUAUCGGGGGAAGCUCUCGGCGUCGUGAAAAACUUGCCCAUGACCUCGGAAAAUUAUGCAUAUGAGUCGCUGCUAUCGCAAUAUCAAAAUAAAAGAAAGUUAGCGACGCAAUACUGGCGCUCCUUCGUGCACGCCAAGCCCUUGAAUUCGGAUUCCGCCGAAUCUCUUCGCGCCUUGCUAGACGCCUUUAAUGAAAACACGCGCGCGUUGAAGAUGAUGGACUACCCGGUAGAGUCCUGGGACUUCAUGCUCUUUAAUCAUUUGAUGGAAAAGUUAACUCCCUCUCUAAAAGAGAAAUUCGAGGCAUCUCACAUGACCGUGGAAUCGCCGCGGUACGAGCAAUUAAAGACGUAUCUGUCGGGGUACUGCACCGUUCUCGCGUCGGUAGCCGACUCGUCAAAUAAGUCGAACCUAUCGAAAAAGACCGCGUCGAUGACCUCGCUAGUCGCUCAGAACACCGCGUGUCUCGAGUGCAAGGCGCAGCAUUCCCUGGCGAAAUGUACAGAAUUUCUAAAGCUCUCGGUCAAGGAGAGGUACAACUUCGUUUGUGGGCGGGGGGCAUGUUUGAAUUGUCUCCGCACAGGACAUCAGUCGAAAAAUUGUUCGUCGGCAUGGACAUGCCGGACAUGUCAUGCCAAGCACCACUCGCUCCUGCAUUUCGAGCAGAGCAACGCCCCCCCGGUUCCUCCUGCUCAGGACGCCGCGACCCCCGCGAAAUCAGAAGACAAAGCGAUCAUUUCGAUGGCCAGCGUUGCCAAUGGCGUGGUCUUGUUGUCGACCGUAAGAGCAGAGGCCAUCGACGUGCAUGGCAACCCGUUUUCGGUUCGAAUAUUACUGAAUAGCGCGAGUCAGGCCAACUUCGUCACGGAGAGUUGCCUGCAGCGGGGCGGUUUUGCCCGGACGAAACAUCGCGUGACAGUGUUAGGCGUCAGUGAGUCAAAGGCCGCCACAACGCGGGGCCUUACGUCCUUCGUAAUCCGGGCGCGAAAUCGCGGCAAUAUUCGCCUCCCGGUCGAAGCCACGGUGCUUCCUCGCAUCACCUCGCCGCUGCCAAACGAACGUGUUGCCGUAAAACCAUGGAGUCACUUACGGGGGCUGCAACUAGCAGAUCCGGAAUAUUAUUUGCCCGGCUCGAUCGACAUCCUAUUGGGGGCGGAAUCCUUUGUGUCCGUGCUACGCGACAGUCGGUGUGCCGGCAAAGGUGGAAAACCGGACGCGUUUAACACAGGAUUCCGCUGGGUUUUAAUGGGCGCGGUCUUGCCGUCGUUACAAGUGCAAUCCUUGCACUCGUUCGCCACCACGGUUGAGUCGAUCGACGCCGCGGUGGGACAAUUCUGGAAGCUGGAGGAA